CUUAAGCCCUCCGCACGUAAGCACGCGAUAAUAAUUAACGUGCCCAUUCGCGAGCCUCCACCGGCCGCUGCUGCAACCCAUUCCCAACCGCAACCGGCCAGCAACCUUCCAACUCAACUCAACCGCAUACCCCAACCCAUAUAUAUUCCUCGCAAACGCAAUGUCAGACGCAAACUUCGUAACAGACCUCGUCGACGGCCCGCGCCAGUUCUUCAAGGACGGCGUGCAGCUCAUGAACAGGUGCACGAAGCCUGACAAGAGAGAAUUCCUCAAAGUCACCCAAGCCGUCUCCAUCGGGUUCCUGAUCAUGGGCUUCAUCGGGUUCUUUGUCAAGCUGAUCCAUAUCCCUAUCAACAACAUCAUAGUUGGACGGUCGUGAGCGAGGAAUAUGGGCCUGGGCGGGGGACGAGAGGGGUGU